AUGGAGCAGCAGCUGGAUGAGCUCCAGCUCUCGGACGAGCAGCGAAACGUAAUCGACGCCCUUAUCAAGGAGCAGGUCAAGAUCAAAGUAGAAGAAGCAGCAGCAGCAGAGCGCCCCGCAACACAGAGCGAGGGCAUGCCUUCCGAAGGAGGCGGCACCCGGCUGGAGAGGCCGGCUGGCUCGGAGUCAAGCCCGCGACCCGAAGACCAGCCCCGAUCGCCGGCGGACGUCAGCCUCAUCGACACCCUCGCGCGGGCCUUGCAGAGGGUCAAGAUAACACCGGAGGAUGAAUACAGGGAAGUCCCAACCCCUAAAGAAACAAUACGUAUUAGCGCAGAAACGGACAAGUUGGAGUGGCAGGGGCAGUGGUACUCGUUGAAGCAGCAAGUAGGGAAGGAGCCCCGGCGCUAUCUCACAAGAGCAUCAGUACUUCGCCAGAAACUAGAAGCGUACGGUUGGGUGCAAUCCGAUCAUGAUGCUAACGUCCACUAUGUACGCAACCUUAUGCCCGAUUUCAAUGUGCAGAGGAGCGUGUUGUUGGCGCAUUCGGAGGUCAAGACGGAAUUGGUAGGGAAGGUGAUUCUGACUGCCUAGGCGGAGACGGAGGCCGCUAGGAAGAGGGCGUCGGAGAGCGUGGGGGCGUAUGCCCUCGUCACUGGCGGUGAUAACCGUGGUGGCGGGGGCGGGAACAUGGGGGAUAGGGGGA